AAAAAAAAAAAAAAAAAAAAAAAAAAAAAAAAAAAAAAAAAACUCAAAAAAAAUGCAACCGACAAAAACAUGAAAACCGACAAACAACCCAGAAACCGAAAAAAAGACCUGCAACGACAAACAACAUAUGGCAGUUAA